AUGGCCUGUCAGAGGGAGGCUGCAGUGAAGCCACUCAACAUUUACAUUAAAUUCAGACAUCUAGCAGACACACCCAUCCACAGCCACCCACAGGAGCCACCAGGGCCAAGCGCCCCAGCCACCCACAGGAGCCACCAGGGCCAAGCGCCCCAGCCACCCACAGGAGCCACCAGGGCCAAGCGCCCCAGCGACCCACAGGAGCCACCAGGGCCAAGCGCCCCAGCCACCCACAGGAACCACCAGGGCCAAGCGCCCCAGCGACCCACAGGAGCCACCAGGGCCAAGCGCCCCAGCGACCCACAGGAGCCACCAGGGCCAAGCGCCCCAGCCACCCACAGGAGCCACCAGGGCCCAAGCGCCCCAGCGACCCACAGGAGCCACCAGGGCCAAGCGCCCCAGCGACCCACAGGAGCCACCAGGGGCCAAGCGCCCCAGCGACCCACAGGAGCCACCAGGGCCAAGCGCCCCAGCGACCCACAGGAGCCACCAGGGCCAAGCGCCCCAGCGACCCACAGGAGCCACCAGGGCCAAGCGCCCCAGCCACCCACAGGAGCCACCAGGCCAAGCGCCCCAGCCACCCACAGGAGCCACCAGGGCCAAGCGCCCCAGCCACCCACAGGAGCCACCAGGGCCAAGCGCCCCAGCCACCCACAGGAGCCACCAGGGCCAAGCGCCCCAGCGACCCACAGGAGCCACCAGGGCCAAGCGCCCCAGCGACCCACAGGAGCCACCAGGGCCAAGCGCCCCAGCGACCCACAGGAGCCACCAGGGCCAAGCGCCCCAGCGACCCACAGGAGCCACCAGGGCCAAGCGCCCCAGCCACCCACAGGAGCCACCAGGGCCAAGCGCCCCAGCCACCCACAGGAGCCACCAGGGCCAAGCGCCCCAGCCACCCACAGGAGCCACCAGGGCCAAGCGCCCCAGCCACCCACAGGAGCCACCAGGGCCAAGCGCCCCAGCCACCCACAGGAGCCACCAGGGCCAAGCGCCCCAGCGACCCACAGGAGCCACCAGGGCCAAGCGCCCCAGCGACCCACAGGAACCACCAGGGCCAAGCGCCCCAGCGACCCACAGGAACCACCAGGGCCAAGCGCCCCAGCGACCCACAGGAACCACCAGGGCCAAGCGCCCCAGCGACCCACAGGAGCCACCAGGGCCAAGCGCCCCAGCGACCCACAGGAGCCACCAGGGCCAAGCGCCCCAGCGACCCACAGGAACCACCAGGGCCAAGCGCCCCAGCGACCCACAGGAACCACCAGGGCCAAGCGCCCCGUCCAAGUGCAGAUCGACAGAUCUCCCACCAAGUCAUAUCGGGGAACCCGACCCAGCGACCUCUCGGCCACCGGCCCAAGCUCCCAACCGCCAGGCCACCAACCCUCCAAGACCCCCGAAAGUCCCCCUCGAAACCGCCACCGUCCUGCUCCAACCCAGCCAAAACCACCACCCACCCAAUGA